CCCCCCCCCCCCCCCUCCACUCACCACACCAUCCACGGCGAUGGCGCACUCCACGGCCGCCGCUUCCACCCUUCUCCUCCCGGUCCUCCUCCUCAUCGCCACCUCCACCCUCUACGGCGCCGCCGUCGACUCACCCUUAUCCCCGGACGCGGCCGCGCUCCUCAACCUCUCCGCUGCGCUCACGGACCCCUCGGGCUACCUCGCCACGCACUGGACGCCGGACACCGCGUUCUGCUCGUGGCCGCGCGUGUCCUGCGACGCCGCCGACAGGCGCGUCAUCUCCCUCGACCUCUCCGGCCUCAACCUGUCCGGCCCCAUCCCGGCCGCCGCGCUCUCCUCCCUCCCGCACCUCCAGACGCUCAACCUCUCCAACAACAUCUUCAACUCCACUUUCCCCGAAGAGAUCAUCGCGUCGCUCAGGAGCCUUCGCGUUCUCGACCUCUACAACAACAACCUCACGGGCCUGCUCCCGGCGGCUCUCCCCAACCUCACCGACCUUGUCCACGUCCACCUCGGCGGCAAUUUCUUCUCCGGCAGCAUCCCGAGUUCCUACGGCCAGUGGAGCCGUAUCCGCUACCUGGCCCUCUCCGGCAAUGAGCUCACCGGCGAGAUACCGCCGGAGCUCGGCAAUCUGACGACGUUGAGGGAGCUGUACCUCGGCUACUUCAACAGCUUCACCGGCGGGAUACCGCCCGAGCUCGGCAGGCUGCGGGCGCUCGUCCGGCUCGACAUGGCCAACUGCGGCAUCUCCGGGGAGAUCCCGCCGGAGGUGGCGAACCUCACGUCGCUGGGCACUCUGUUUCUUCAGAUCAACGCCCUGUCUGGGAGGCUCCCGACGGAGAUAGGCGCAAUGGGGGCGCUGAAAUCGCUCGACCUGUCGAACAACUUGUUCGUCGGGUCGAUCCCAGCGAGCUUCGCGUCCCUGAAGAACUUGACUCUGCUGAACCUCUUCCGCAAUCGCCUCGCCGGUGAGAUUCCCGAGUUCAUCGGCGACUUGCCAAACCUCGAGGUUCUGCAGCUGUGGGAGAACAACUUCACAGGCGGGAUACCGCCGAACCUCGGCGUGGCGGCGACCGGGCUUAAGAUCGUCGAUGUGAGCACCAACAAGCUCACCGGCGUUCUUCCCUCCGAGCUGUGCGCCGGCGAGCGGCUGGAGACGUUCAUUGCCCUGGGCAAUUCGCUGUUCGGCGGCAUUCCGGACGGGCUCGCGGGGUGCCCGUCGCUGACGAGGAUUCGGCUGGGAGAGAAUUAUCUCAACGGCACGAUACCGGCAAAGCUGUUCACCUUGCCGAACCUGACGCAGAUAGAGCUGCACGACAAUUUGCUCUCCGGCGAGCUCAGGCUGGAAGAUGGGAAGGUGUCAUCGUCGAUCGGGGAGCUCAGCCUGUUCAACAACCGACUGUCCGGCCAGAUGCCGACCGGGAUCGGUGGGCUAGUGGGACUGCAGAAGCUACUGCUCGCCGGGAACGGGCUGUCUGGCGAGCUUCCGCCCGAGAUUGGGAAGCUACAGCAGCUCUCAAAGGCGGACCUUUCUGGGAACCUGAUAUCCGGCGAAGUGCCGGCGGCGAUCGGCAAAUGCCGUCUGCUCACCUUCCUGGACCUCUCGGGCAACAAGCUCUCCGGCCGCAUCCCGCCGGAGCUCGCUGGCCUCCGCAUCCUCAACUACCUCAACGUAUCCCACAACGCGCUCGAAGGGGAGAUUCCGCCUGCCAUCGCCGGCAUGCAGAGCUUGACAGCCGUCGACUUCUCCUACAACAAUCUCUCCGGCGAGGUCCCGGCCACCGGCCAGUUCGCCUACUUCAACGCGACCUCCUUCGCCGGCAACGCCGGGCUCUGCGGCGCGUUCCUCUCGCCGUGCCGCUCCCACGGCGUCGCGACGUCGGCCUUCGGCUCCCUCUCGUCCACCUCCAAGCUCCUCCUCGUGCUCGGCCUCCUCGCGCUGUCCAUCAUCUUCGCGGCCGCGGCCGUGCUGAAGGCGCGGUCGCUGAAGCGGUCCGCCGAGGCGCGCGCGUGGCGGCUGACGGCGUUCCAGCGGCUGGACUUCGCCGUGGACGACGUGCUCGACUGCCUCAAGGAGGAGAACGUGAUCGGCAAGGGCGGGUCCGGGAUCGUGUACAAGGGCGCGAUGCCGGGCGGCGCGGUGGUGGCCGUGAAGAGGCUCCCGGCCAUCGGGCGCGCCGGCGCGGCGCACGACGACUACGGCUUCUCGGCGGAGAUACAGACGCUGGGGCGCAUCCGGCACCGGCACAUCGUGCGGCUGUUCGGGUUCGCGGCCAACCGGGAGACGAACCUGCUGGUGUACGAGUACAUGCCCAACGGCAGCCUCGGCGAGGUGCUCCACGGCAAGAAGGGCGGCCACCUGCAGUGGGCGACCCGGUUCAAGAUCGCCGUGGAGGCGGCCAAGGGCCUCUGCUACCUGCACCACGACUGCUCGCCGCCGAUACUGCACCGCGACGUCAAGUCCAACAACAUCCUCCUCGACGCCGACUUCGAGGCCCACGUCGCCGACUUCGGCCUCGCCAAGUUCCUCCGCGGCAACGCCGGCGGUUCCGAGUGCAUGUCCGCCAUCGCCGGCUCGUACGGCUACAUCGCUCCUGAGUACGCCUACACGCUCAAGGUGGACGAGAAGAGCGACGUCUACAGCUUCGGCGUCGUGCUACUGGAGCUCAUCACCGGCCGCAAGCCGGUCGGGGAGUUCGGCGACGGCGUCGACAUCGUGCAGUGGGUGCGGAUGGUGACCGGCUCGAGCAAGGAGGGCGUGAUGAAGAUCGCCGACCCGCGCCUCUCCCCGGUGCCGCUGUACGAGCUCACCCACGUCUUCUACGUCGCCAUGCUCUGCGUCGCCGAGCAGAGCGUCGAGCGGCCCACGAUGCGCGAGGUCGUGCAGAUCCUGGCCGACAUGCCCGGCUCGACGUCCUCGUCCAUCGACGUCCCCCUUGUCAUCGAGCCCAAGGAGGACUCGAGCCCGGAGAAGAAGCCGCAGCCGCAGCCGCAGGAAGGGCCGCACGACUCCCUGCCGCAGCAGGAUCUUCUUAGUAUCUAGAAGUGCCACCGGAGGAAUUGAAUUGGUGGUCGUACUUCUCGUAGUACUUUGUAGCAUCAUCCCCUGCUUUUGAGUCUUUCUUGUGUAGUAGUGUUGGGACGUGUAGGGGGGGUCCGAGUGUGUAUGCAAGAGGUAAUGUAACAUGUAAGCAUGUAGCCAAGCUGUGUUCCAGCUCUGAAACCCACGGAGGCUCGAGUCGAGGAGAUGGUUUCAAAACCGCUA